CCAACUGCUCCAGAGCCCACGGAAGAGUGGCAAGAAGCAUCCCACGAGGACAGUGGGGUAGCGCAAUUGCACGCACGGUCCAGCUGAGCCAGGGGAUGCCCAGCCAUUGCAUUAGAGGACUGAUCGGUGGGCCCAGGAGGGGAGUGGGAGAGAGAUGCUUGGCCGGCUAGCAUCUCUGUGUCCUGGCAAUCCUCACCUGGGGAGCUACCCUCCUCUUUACAGCCCAUCUUUUGCUGAGGCUCUUCCCCGGAGCCUGCAUCUAUUUCUUUCCUGCACCUUUAAGAAGAACAUCGCUCCGUGGUGGGAUGGUGUUCUAAAGCCACACAGAGGAAGUUACGCAGACUGGAUCAGGCACUGAGAUAAAAGCUCCGAUUGUGAUCGAAAGUGAUGGCAAAAGGAUUUAGCCUCAGUAUUAACUUGGAGAGGAGUGGAGGGACAGAGGGAGAGCGCAUAAAGCUCCGAGCCAUCUGUCCGGGAGCUGAGCUGGGGGAAUGCUAAACGUCCUGGAUGAGAAGUGAAACACAGUCCAACAGCCGGGGGAGGAGGAAAAAAGGAUUCAGAUUCCGGGGGCUCGUUCUGGAUCCCCACCCCACCCCAGGAAAAAAAAAAAGUUUCAGUUCUUGAGAAGCCACUCCAGUCUGAGUCUCAGAAGGGGCUCUGCCUCCGCCCAUCCGCAGAAUCUUUGGGACGGCUGCAAGGCUGCUUCCAAAUCCCAAACUAAAAGCAGCAGCAAGAGGAGGAGGAGGAGAGGGGAAGGAGGAGGAGAAGGAAGAGGAGGAGGACAGAGGGAAAAGGACCAGCUCUCACCCCCUCCACUCCCUGACCGACCCACCCACCGCACAGCCAGAGGAGAGAAAGCACAACAGACCAGAGGGGGGUUUUUUGUGUGUUUUGCUGCUUUGGCUGGCAAGCUGACCUGCUCUCCAUGGAAUCCAGCCCUUACUGCGCCUGCUACAGAGACUCCAAGCUCGGGUGUUGUUGCUAAUGAGCCCUCUCUCCUCCCCUCUUACAAUGAAAGAAAAGACAGACCCCAGGUACCUGGAUGGAUUUGUAGCUGAAGCUUCAGAAACUUCGCAUUAAGUUGCCUAUGGCUCGAUGCCAGGGUCAGCUUGGCUCCCAUUAAUGCAUCUCCCCGGUGCAAGAAGUGCAGAAAUCACCCUCCUUUACCAACACCUCUUGGGCUUUUUCACUUUCAGCCCCGUGGCCGCACGAUCAUCAUCUUAGAUCUACUUUAAGAUCAUUAUAUGUAUUUUUUUUUGGAUCGCAACAUUACAUAAAAUCCCAAAGAAGAACCCCUUUCCCGGUCACCCAUUCGUUAUCUGAUGAAAGAAAACCAAAAAUCAAGAAACACACAGUCUUGUGGUUUUGAAAGUUAUUUCAAGCACGUCACACUUUAAGGGGGAUUUUCAAACUCUUCCCUGACUGUAAGGACAGAAUCUGAUCCGGCCUCACGAGGGAGUCUGCAGAUUUCUCCCCUAUCCCGUUCCGAUGCCCUGUCGCAAUUUGAGAACGCGCCCGUUUUGAUCAGAUUCAUCUCAAGGAGCCGUGGCCGGUGGCCCUCCUUAUGCCAAGUUUGAGGGAAGAUGAAGUUGUGGGAAACUUUUUGACCCACUGAUCGGCAUCCAGAGAAGCAUCGGCCGGGAUCCUCGGCUUCGGCUGACUUCGGACCUUCUCCCCUCUUCUGCUCGAGACCCAGCGGCCUGCUCUCCCGCGAUUCUGCCGUCCUUUUAGAUGCGGCGCUUCCAUGCUGAUCCUGACAGGGACCCCUGACCCAGUCGCUGCCUUCUCUGGGCCUCGAGGCGGAUCCACCGGCCGGGUCCCUUAGGCUGGGCCUCAGCUGCCAUGCUGUGCCUGGUUCCUCUUCUGCUCCACUGCCUCUUACCAGCCAUGGGGGACUAUGACAUCUGUAAGUCCUGGGUGAGCACCGAUGAGGGCCCGUCCUGGGAAUUCUAUGCCUGCCAGCCCAAGGUCCUGAGCAUGAAAGACUAUGUGAGGGUCAGAGUGGAUCCCUCUGGAAUCACCUGCGGGGACCCCCCGGAGAGAUUCUGCACUCAUGAAAACCCUUACCUGUGCAGCGACGAGUGCGACGCCUCCAACCCGGACCUGGCCCACCCGCCCCGGCUCAUGUUCGACCAGGAGGACGAGGGUCUGGUCACCUACUGGCAGAGCGUGACCUGGAGCCGCUACCCGGAGCCGCUGCUGGCCAACAUCACCCUGUCCUGGAACAAGAGCAUCGAGCUGACCGACGACGUGGUGGUCACCUUCGAGUACGGCCGCCCCACCGUCAUGAUGCUGGAGAAGUCGCUGGACAACGGGCGGACCUGGCACCCGUACCAGUACUACGCGGACGACUGCAUGGAGGCCUUCAGCAUGCCGGCCCGCCGCGUCCGGGACCUGUCCGCCACCAACGCCAACCGGGUGCUGUGCACGGAGGAGUAUUCGCGCUGGGCGGGGUCCAAGAAGGAGAAACACGUCCGCUUCGAGGUGCGCGACCGCUUCGCCAUCUUCGCCGGCGCGGACCUGCGCAACAUGGACAACCUCUACACCCGCCUGGAGAGCGCCAAGGGCCUCAAGGACUUCUUCACCGCCACCGACCUGCGCAUGAGGCUUCUGCGGCCCGCGCUGGGCGGCACCUACGUGCAGAGGGAGAACCUCUACAAGUAUUUCUACGCCAUCUCCAACAUCGAGGUCACCGGCAGAUGCAAGUGUAACCUUCACGCCAACGUGUGCUCCUUCAAAGAGGGCAGCCUGCAGUGCGAGUGUGAACACAACACCACCGGGCAAGACUGCGGCAAGUGCAAGAAGAAUUUCCGAACCCGGUCGUGGCGGGCCGGCUCUUACCUGCCCCUCCCCAACGGCUCCCCCAACGCAUGUGCAGCUGCAGGCUCCGCCUUUGGCAACUGCGAGUGCUACGGCCACUCGAACCGCUGCAGUUACAUCGACUUCCUCAACGUAGUGACCUGCGUGAGUUGCAAGCACAACACCCGGGGCCAACACUGCCAGCACUGCCGUCUAGGCUACUACCGCAAUGGCUCGGCCGAGCUGGACGACGAGAACGUCUGCAUAGAAUGUAACUGCAACCAGAUGGGCUCGCUGCACGAUCGGUGCAAUGAGACCGGCUACUGUGAGUGUCGACAGGGAGCCAUCGGCCCCAAGUGUGACGACUGCCUCCCCAGCUACUACUGGAGACAGGGCUGCUUCCCCAACGUCUGCGACGAGGAGUUUCUGCUCUGCCAGAACGGCGGGUCCUGCUACCAGAACCAGCGCUGCCUCUGCCCCAGCGGUUUCAAGGGAGUCCUGUGCGAGCAAACCCGCUGCGACCCCGAGGUCCAGGACUGCCAGGCCGCGGCCUCCACGGCCUCCCUCAGCCUCGCCGCCCUCCUCGGCGCCGCCUUGCUGCUGCUGCUGCUGCCGCCGCCGCCCCCGGACCUGGCCCCGCUCCCUAGUUACUGAGCCUCGCCCGGGGGGCCCGGGGGAGACCCCGAGGAGGAACGUGCCUCCCCUCCACGCCGCCGUCCCCCUCGGGCGCACCGACCGCCGGUCUGGCCGUCCGGCCCCGCUCCGCUCCCGCCCCUCCUCGCUCUUGCACACGACUGCAGGAGGAGCAGCCCUCCCUGGGGGUGUCAGGAAGACCCAACCGUAGUUGGGAGCGGCACCGACGGGGCUCGGUAAACUACGGGCCGCCCCUCGGAGACGCUAGCUACGACGUCCACCCUGUCCCCCCCUUCCCGGCCGAGGGGUCACCUCUGCCGACCCUCUUCCGCCUCCUCUUCCUUCUCCUCCUCCGCCCCACGGCCCGGCACGAGACGCGCCGGUACGGGGGCCCCAUCUUACCUCCCGACGCGAGGCUGCGGUUUCCCGUCUGAUUUCCCGGUUUUCUAUUUUCCUUCUUCUCGGAGGUUCCUCUGUGGGGGGAGAGCAGCCGGACUCCCCCCAGCCCCGACACCUAGAGGAGGCAAGGCGAGGCAGGGAUUCCCGCCGACUGUCGGGGUGGCCCCUACUCACGCCCGGCUGCAUCUCACCGUGGGUUCGGCUGAGCCUAGGGACACCGUUGCCUACAAUCUAGUUGCUGAAUUGUUUUGUAUUCUCUCUUUGGUUUCCCUUUCGCACUCCACCAGGACCCGAGGCCGGAGCUGUGCUUGGUAACGAGGGGCCGCCUCUGUCCCCGUCACCCUCUCCCCCUCCCCACACCGCACCCCUUUCUCUUUCGCACGGGACAUUCUGGUACGGGGGCGCCCGAUGUUCUCCGCCGAGGUGAUGUCGGGGGGCGGCGGUGGCGGAGAGGAGAAUUCUGGAGGCCGGGGAGGGUGGGGAUUCAGUCCUUUUUUUCAGGUAGAGAAUUAUUUUUGUUUGUAUUAAAUGUUCUAUAUAACAAAACCCCUCCCCCCGUCCCCCACCGGGCAGAGGGACAGUUUAUCACGGGCGUAUGGACGAUGGUGUUAUAAUCCCACAGAGUAAAGCAAUUAUUAAUUGCU